AUAACUACUCACUCGAACAGCGUGUGCCGUCAAUCAAAAUAAAGACUUGUUUUGCAUUUAAUAGAUGUUUUCGAUGAUUGAAUGUUCUUAUAAUCAUCCUAAGCGCCACUGAAAACUUAUGGUUGAAAUAAACACACAACUAUAAAUAACGAGUAGGCCCUUACAUGUUACUUCAAACCAGUAUUCGCAUAUAUACCAUUAUUCGCGAUCCGUAAACUAUGUUUCGCUUAUUUCCAACCAAUUGAAUGUUCAAUAUUGUUGUUGUGGGACCUAAAUUCUCUCAACAACUAACUGAAAGAUGGAGACGGGUGACGAAAACGUUGGGAACACUUCAACGAAAGAUGAUAAACCUGAUGUAAGCUCAAUUCCGGAGAAGGGAAAUGAGCCAAGUACUGCAGAUCAAGAAGACACCCAAGAAAAAAUAAAAUCACAAUCAAUUGACAAUAAACCGGUUAAUGAAAAUGAAAACCAUAUAAAUUCUAAAUGGCAAUGUGAAGCCACAACUGAUAUUGAUCUUCAAGAAGAAGAACUCUUGCUGAGAUGGGAUGAGAAUGAUGAGAUAUCUAGUGUAGAACUGAUGAAUAUUGAGGAUAUUGAUGAGGAAUAUAACUUAGAGUUUUCUGAAAUUAAGGAUGAUGAUAUCAACAAAUCAACAGACCAAGAAGUUAGUUUGAUAAAGUCAAAAGCUGGAGUUCACUCACCUCUUGUAGAAACUGGCACAGGAAGUACAGCUGAACAGAAAGUAUUUGAAUCAUACAGUAGUCGAGAAUCAGGUGAUGUCACUUCUAAUUUGUCCACUGGGAAUACUAAUCCCACAAAAGAGGAGAACGACUCUGAGAAUCUGAAAAAUGUUCAAGCUCUUAAAGAUCAAAGAAAUAGUAGUGUUAUUGAAUAUAAUGAAAUGGCAUCAGAUGUAGACAAUUCGAAUUCAGAAACUACAACUGAAUUGUUGGACUGUGUUACUGACAUAAGUGGAUCACAAAUUGUGAGGAAAAUUGAUGAAACCGUAGCAGCUGUAAGUGAACCAGUAGGCGAUAGUCGCGAUAACCCCGAUAAUAUUUCAGUCAACAAAUCAAAUCAACAACAUACAGAAAUCAUGUCCAAAAUUGUAACGAACAAUGAAAAUAUAAAAAUAUCCGCUAAUAGUCAAGCAGAUAGUCUGAUAAUUGGGAUUGAGAAAGAGAGUACUGAUGGACCUUGGACAUCAACAGAAGAAUCAGAUUUGGCAAAUAUUCCUGAAACUCAAGAAAAAACUACAAAGAUAGUCGUCAACCUAGGUGAAAGGCAAUCUGAUAAUUCUGAUAUGGAUAUAACAGGUAAUGUUAGUGAUUUGGCUAAUUCAACUAAAAUGGUACAAGUUGAAGAUGAUCUUGAUAAAGUCAGAACUACUGAAAACAUUUAUGAGCUAAAUAAAGUAUCAAUGGCAGAAGACAGGAGUCAAAUUGAAACCAAACUUGAAGUUAUAUCUCAAACUCAAACCACAGAGACGGCAAAUUCUCUAAGGAUGAUAACUAAUAAUGAAAAAGCAGAGGCUAUUCAAAAGACUGAUGUUAUUGGUGACAUUGAUAAUUUUAUCAUUGAUUCAGUUUCAAGUGAAAUAUCAAAUACAGCGAAUAUGGUCCUGAGUGAUGUAACAGACGAAAGUGAUAUCCUUGCAAAUAGUAAAAUUACCAUUGCUGAAGGAACUAAUGACGAAAUCAAUGUACCACAAAGUGAAUCAGUUUCAGAUAGUAGUGAAAUUAUAACCACAUAUGACGAGAUCUUAAGCUCAAGCUUAGGUAAAAGUCAAGUUAAAAAUAAUACUAACUACACUAAUAUUCCAUUUGAUGCUUCAAACGAUAAAUCUAGAGAGACCUCAGACAACAGUCAAAUCGAAAUUGUCGAAGAUAAUGAUCUACCUGCAACUGCGGAACAAAGUAAAUUGAAAGAAUCUAGAUAUAAAGCUUGUGGCAUUAAUCACGUAGACGAAGCUUUAUCAAACGAAUCUACUGAUAUUAAAGCUGUUAACAAUGUAGUUGGUAUAAGCUCUACAGGUACUGAUCAUGACAAAUCCAUUGAACAAAGUAGUAUUGUAAUAUACGCUGAAAAUAAAGAACUCACUUUAACGGAUGAAACUAAUAAAAUUACGGUCACUGGUUUUCCUAAUGAUAUUGAAAUGGAGUUAUGUGAAACUGAAGUUUCUAUGGGAAUGUCAGCACAGGAGAAUCUAGUUAAAAAUGAAAAUAUAAGCAAUAAAAGUGUUGUAAAUUCACUACAAAUUCCUGAAGAUAAUCAAAUGAAAAUUAUCGAAGCGAAUAUCGCCGAAGGUGUGGUUUCAGAUACAGCACAACACACACAUCAAGUAUUUCAAUCUGAAGCGAAAACUGAUGAAAAUACACUAAUUUCAAGUGAAAAUCCAAAGGGUGAUCAAUAUGAUAGUAACGUUGAGAGAGCUAACUUUACUGUGAGCAUUCCAAAUGAAGCACAGAGCCCUAAAAACAUGACUCAAGAUGAAAUCGAAAUUAUUGCAGAUUCAAAUAAUACUUCAAAUGAAAAUGUAUUAGAGCCAACUGGAGUUAGUAGUGCUAUGGGUGAAAAUUUUAGCCAAAAAGCUGACUUGGAUCUUGUGGUGUCUAGUGAGAUUUCGGAUAAAGAUGAUAAAAUAGUACCAAUCGUUAGUGAAGACCAAAGCGAAGUGAUUACAACUGCUGAAGUUGUCAAUGAGGAUUCCGAAGAGAAUGUCAACGCUUCUAAUGAUAAACUCACUAGUCUGGGUGCUCAUUUGACUUCCCUCGCAGAUGUAUCUACAACUCUGCCAAUCAGGGCAAAUUUGGAACAUGGUUUGAACCGUCCAAAUGCCAUGCUGGAGAUACCGACCCAAGAGUUGAUAGACAUCGAUGAUGCCGAAGACAGCAGUCAAGCGGCAUCUGAUGAUGGGAAUCUCAAUAAUACAAUAAAUAUCACUCAAGAAAUUAAUGAUAGACUUGAAUAUAGGGAUACAGAUAAUAAAGUUCCUUUAGCAGAAACACUUACUAUAGAUACGACUGAGAAUUCAGAUAAUCCUAUGUACACUAAGACUUCUGGUCUUACACGAAAUACAGAAAAAGCUGAAAAUCGGCCUGAUAAUGAUGUCUCUAAUGAAAAUGUCACUUCCGAUUUUAAAGCUGAUUUUAAAAAUAGCGAUAGUGAAAAUUCUAAAAAUACUGAUGAUCAUAUGGAUGUUGAUAUGCCUCUAGAAAUAAAUAAUGCUGAACCCAUAUUGACUAUAUCAAAGAACUUAAACCCUGUAGGAAAUGUGUCGGAAAUGAAUCCAAAUGUAGACACGAUAUCUACUCGUGAUUUAGAUAUAAAUAAAACAUCUUUGGGCGCUGUGAAAGAUGUUCUUAUAUCAGAAACAGUAGAGCCUAAACCGUCGACUUCAAGAGCAGCAAUGGAACCGGCGGGUAGUCCAGAACUGAAAGAAUUGGCUCCUUGUACACCAAUGAAGCAGGACGAACAAAGUGCUCUUGAACCUAAACCAUCAACUUCCAAGGUCAUGGUUGAAUCAGUGUUGUCAGAGGCGACGGACAGUCUGGGGUUAUUGGCAGAGUCAUCGAGGAUGGACGAAGAUGAAGAAGAGCCGGAUGAUGAAGACGACGGGGAGGAUGAGGACGAUUUUGAUAAUGAUGAGAGCAGUAAUCAAAUGACAGCGUAUAAUUCUGAAGACUCAAACCAUCAAAAUUCGGACCCCGACUGCGGAAGGGAACAGACCGAGAGCGGCGAUACGACUAAAGAUGAGAGUGAGAAGGACGGCGUUAUCGCGACGAACCUUAACACAGUAGAGUCUGAAGAGAUCGAAAUACAAGCUGACUCCGAUGAGAAUGUCAGCGAUGAAAAGUGCACGCAAGAGGCAGAGGGCAUCAGCCAAAAAAAUAUCGAGGAGACUGUCGCGGCGGUCCAGUCGAUCAAUGAAAACAAAGAAGUUAAUGACGGUUCAGGUUAUAUCGAGACAGUAAAGCUAUCGGAUACGUCGGACAAUGAGCUCGAUGGAGCUUCGAAGGAGAUCGAGAGCGGUGUGGACGAGGCUUCGGUCGCACGAGACAAAUCUUCGCCGAGUAAGCUGUCCAUGGGCAAGAAAAAGAAGCUGGGGAUAUCUAAAGCUAGACACGUAGUCAAUAUCGUUGAGGUCGAAGAGAGUUCGUCUGAAGAUGAUAUUCGGCCACCAGAAUCGAACGAGGAUCCGGAUCAGCGAUCGGACGUGGCACCGGACGAGGAGGGGGUCACUUCGGUGAACAUCCCCAAGGGCAUCGAGGUUAUGUGCUCCGGGGAAAGUACUUCGGAGCUGGUCGCGAAAGAGGGGGAGAUUGUUAUAAGCCGUGUUCCGAAACCGCCCCCACAUAAACCGGCUCGGUUGAACACCAGUGAAGUUACUAUAAAGACGACUUCUGGUUGUGCAGAGUCAUCUCUCGUCAUACCCGAAACUAAGUUACAGGAAGCGAAGGAAACAGACGCCGAUCUAGAAGUCUUCAAUUUGGACUCUGAUGAUGAAGACGGCUCUGCUAAAGAAUCGUCGAAGCUGGAGUCCGGUCGCUGCUUGAACCCCGCGUGCCCGGGGCGGGAGGCGGCGCAGCUCCGCGCGGACCGGGCCGCCGUGGCGCACUACUCCGCCAAGACCAGCAGGAACGCCUUCAUCUGUCGCCCCUGCUACGAGGUGGUGGCCGUCAGGACAGAGGGUCUCGUGAACGGUCUGAAGAAUUUCACUCCGCUGUUCGAAAUGAAAAUGGAGAAGCAGUCCUUGAACCUGGUGGAGAUAUCGGAUUCCGACUCCGAAGACGAAUCCAGCGCGCCGGAGCAAGCCAAGGAGGUUGUCGGCGACGAGGGAGCCAAGUUACUGGAAGAGCAUCUAGCGAAUUUGAUAAACGAAACUUGGAGUAAAUACAAGAUGGACGCCAGGAUGAACGAGGCUCGCAGCUUCGUGGACCUGGAGGUUCAGAAGUUGGAAAAACAAAGCAAGGAGAUCGACCAGAUGCUGAACGAGUGUCAGGUGGCCACGGACAAGCUGCGCGACUCGCUGUACAAGACCUUCGAGCCGACCAAGCACGACCUGCCCCCCAUUUGCAUCGUGGACAUCGUCGGCUGCUACUACGAGGGUACGGAGCAGUCCCUGGAUGAAGCGAAACAGCGUGCGAACAAACGCAAGCGCACGGAGCCGCUUUGCUCGCAGCCGAAGAAGGCGGCCAUAGCGCUGGGGUACGCCCCGCUUGACGGAGACCACGCGCAGCCGGACGUGACCCAGGAGAAGACCCCAAUAGAAACAGCACCCAACGAGUCGAAGGAAGAUGACAGGGAGGUGUCUGUCGUUCAGUUGUCGGCGGAGGUGGCGCCGCCGGACCUCCCCCCGCCCGGGGAGCUGGUGCGGCCGCCCCUCAAGCCGGGCAUGGUCGUGUGGGCCAUGAAGAACGUCUUCUCCCCCUGGGUGAAGGUCAGGAUACAGGACAUCGCGCCAAAGUCGACCACAAGCGCGUACACGACCUGCACUGUCAAGUUUGACACGAAAACGAAAAACCCGUUCAGGACCCUGAGUGCGAGGUGUCUCGCGCAUUCGGAGCCGCCAAACGCGAGACUCACUAUAGGUACGCGAAUAAUAGCUUUAUUCAAGAAUACCACUAAGAGCAAAAUGGAGAAUUACUACUCGGGUGUCGUUGCCGAAAUACCGAAUCCAGUUAAUAAUUACCGGUACCUAGUAUUCUUCGACGACGGAUACGCCCAGUACGUGGCCCAUCCCGAUACUAGGGUAGUAUGUGAGUGCUCGAACCUGGUCUGGGAGGAAGUGCACGCGUUCUCAAGGGAAUUCGUCAAGCAAUACCUCCUGAGCUAUCCCGAGAGGCCGAUGGUGAGGUUGCACGCCGGACAGAGCCUCAAGACUGAAUGGAACGGAAAAUGGUGGAUAUCGACAAUUCUAAAAGUGGACGCGUCCCUAGCUCACGUGUACUUCCAGAAGAUAAACAGGACCGAAUGGAUAUACCGCGGCUCCACGCGCCUGGCGCCGCUCUACCUGGAGCUGCAGGCGGCCGAGCGGCAGAGGACCAGGCCGCUGCCCCGGAGCAUGGCACAGAGCAAAGUGAACAUGCCGUACGUCGAGUACACGCGCUCAGAUGAACAAACAAACGAGAAGCAGAAAGAGACAACCGAUCAACCUGAUGAUAUACGCAAACAGCGGGCUGUGGCAAAGAAAUCGACCGCGCAGCCACAGAGCGCGCCUCCAGUCGAACAACAAGCCAAUUUGGACUCUGUCAUCAGCCGUGUAGUGUACUACACCCCGAAGAACGCAGUGAAACCUCUCAGGAUGACGUCACACACGUGCGGUCCGAAGUGCAAGAGAACCGACGUUCUGGCUCUGAAAGACCUCAGGACCUACAAUCCGCUGGCGAAGCCUCUGCUCAGCGGCUGGGAGAGACAAAUAGUCCGGUACAAAGGAGUCCGCGACGUGAUGUACCGGGCGCCGUGCGGGCGCCGCGUGCGCGACAUCCGCGAGCUGCACGCCUACCUCACCGCCACCGACAGUGACAUGCCCGUCGACCUGUUCGACUUCCAUCCGGCGACGCACUGCCUCGCCGAGUUCGUCAUCAACAAGUGUAUCGUCGGCAAGAAGGAUCUCUCCCACGGCAAGGAGAACGUGCCCGUGCCGUGUGUGAAUUAUUACGACGAGACGCUCCCGGAGUUCUGCUCGUACAACACCGAGCGGACGCCGACGGCGGGCGUGCCCCUCAACCUCGACCCGGACUUCCUCUGCGGCUGCGACUGCACCGACGACUGUCAGGACAAAGCGAAGUGCGCCUGCUGGCAGCUAACCCUGGAGGGCGCCCGGACCAUCGGGCUGGACGGCCACAACGUGGGCUACGACUACAAGCGGCUGCUGGAGCCGCUGCCCUCGGGCAUAUACGAGUGCAAUUCGAGAUGUAAAUGCAAACAGACGUGCCUGAACCGGGUGGCCCAGCAUCCCUUGCAAUUGAAGUUACAAGUGUUCAAAACCCAGAACCGCGGCUGGGGCAUCCGGGCGCUCAACGACGUGCCCAAGGGCUCCUUCCUGUGCGUGUACGCGGGGAACCUGCUCACCGACGCCACCGCUAACUUGGACGGACUCAACGAAGGCGACGAGUACCUGGCCGAGCUGGACUACAUCGAGGUGGUGGAGCAGAUGAAGGAGGGCUACGAGGAGGAUAUCUCGGAGGCUGACAAGAAGCUGGGCGCGGUACGUGCACGCCGGCCCUCCGUGGCUGCUGGUGGUGUGAAGCAGGAAUCCGGUGCGAAGGGGGCCAGCUCCGACGAGCACGAGGAGUCCUCGUCAGACGACUACGAUUUCGAAGCCGCCUCCAAGGACGAGUCCGAGGACUGCGACUUCCAGCCGGGGUGCCUGGGACUGCCCGUCACCAAGUUCAGUAAAAGAUUGAGACAGCGCGCCAAAAAGAAACAAGACGAGGAUAAAGAGAAGUCUUCGAAAGAGAAGGAGAAGGAGAAAGAGAGAGACAAGGACAAGGACAAGGACAAGACCAAAGAACCGGCUCCCGGGGAAGAUUGCAUCACCAUAAGCGACGACGACGAGGUCCGGGAGCCGUCCAGGUUCACGGCGCAGGCCGGGAUGGGUGCCAACGAGUUCGUGCCUAAACACAGGUCUGUCCGGCAGCUGUACGGCGCCGACGAGGCCUGCUACAUCAUGGACGCGAAGGUGCAGGGGAACAUCGGCCGGUACCUCAACCACUCGUGCUCCCCGAACGUGUUCGUUCAGAACGUGUUCGUGGACACGCACGACCCGCGGUUCCCGUGGGUGGCGUUCUUCGCGCUGUGCCACGUGCGCGCCGGGACCGAGCUCACCUGGAACUACAACUACGACGUGGGCUCGGUCCCCGGGAAGGUCCUCUACUGCCACUGCGGCGCGCCCAACUGCAGGGGGCGCCUGCUCUAAUCGAACCCUCCGCCGACUAUACGAACAUCAGUGAUGUGCUCAAUAAAUAACACUAAAAUUAGCGUCUUGGGGGGGCGUCCAUUAAUUACGUGGGUGUUCUAGGGGGGGAGGGGAUGAAGCUAAAUCUUUUCAAAUCUCACUUAGGGGGGAGGGGGGGUAAAACAAUCUCAAAAACGCCUCACGUAAUUAAUGGACACCCUCUUAACCCUUUGACUGCCAUGUAGGUAACCGGUGCCCUAGGCGGCGCACUGAAGUCAUUAUGUCAAUUUCUCUCUUCGAUCUUCUUACUAAGACGCCGGUUUUUUUUUAUUGCUUAGAUAGGUGGACGAACUCACAGCCCACCUGGUGUUAAGUGGUUACUGAAGCCCAUAGACAACGUAAAACGCAUUACUGCUUCACGGCAGAAAUAGGCCAAGCGGUGGUACCUACCCGUGCGGACUCACAAGAGGUCCUACUACCAGUAGUCUCUGGGAAAUUGAGUAGAUCUAGUAGACUGGGAAAGACGAAUCCGAACGAUACUGAGAAAGAAUCUAUUUCUUGAAAAAUAAAAGAGUAAUACAUUAACAAACAAAAGAAGGCGCAGUUAGGCAAUCCAGGCCAGGCCUUAGUAACAGAAAUCCACAUAAUUACUUCAGUGCACCGCGUAGGAUAUCGGUGACCUACAUAGCAGUAAAUCUGUUAAAACGAUGCUUUUAGAACACUUGUUUAUAAUUAUUAAAGACUUAUUUUACGAUUUAAUAUCGCGUUUUUUUGAAGUGAAAACUUCUUUAGAAUCUUUGUGAUUUCAAACCGGAUGCAACGGAAAAAACGACAGGUAAGAGACACAAAUACAAAAAUGUGUAGGAUGAAGCCAGCAAAGAAUGAGACAGAAAUAUACAUACUAUUUAAUACAGCGCCAUCUGUGAGAUUUUUUAAUACUAACGUGUGUAUGAAAGCUCUAGUAGUGAAUUUUAAUUUAGGAUUAUACGUGAAAUUAAAAUAUCAAUUCACAGAGGGCGCUACCUUACAAUUAUUUACUAAUGACAAAUUUUUACAUAUACUUAAGACGUUUAGGAUAAUUGUAUUUCAAUUUUGGAAGGUUUCACUUCUACCACGUGUGAAUUGCACACAUGUAAGUUUUUUUUACUAUCAUUAUUUCCAAUGCUUCGAAUUCUUUACAUUUUCCUUUAUAGCAAACGCCUAAAGUCGUUGAGUCGAUACGACGCAAGAUUAAACCGUAAAAUUGGUUUUUCAUGUAUAUACACGAUUCAGGAAAAUCGCAGAAAAUAGAAAGAGAGAGAGAGAGAAUGAGAAUACACUUUAUUGCACACCAAUACACAAUUUACAUUCAAAAACAAUCAACAAGCAGAUACAUUUGUACAAUAGGCGGUCUUAUCGCUAAAAGCGAUGUUUUCCAGACAACCCUUUAUGCUAAUCCUUAUCUACUACUACUAAUACUUAUCGUUUAUCUUUUUGUUUAUUUGUGAUGUUCUCCGUGUUCACAUGUACAAUUCAAACAAAGUCUCCAUGUCAUUCUGUAGAUGUUCACAGCCUGUAGCAUUUUCUGCUGUGGCCCAGUGGCUCUUUGGUUUAGUGGGAGUAUAAUUCGGCUCCAAUAACACGCCGGUACCAAUGUAUCUGUUAAUAUUACGAUAAGUCAUAAAAUUGUAAAUCUCAUUCGUAUUUAAGUAGUUUAAAGUUGUAGUUAAGUUUUUAUGAUACUAUUAGGUAUAGUUUAGUGUAUUAUUGUAUUUGUGAUUAUAUGAUUAAAGUUUGUAAAUUUUACUGCC